UUUCGAGUAGGGGGGGAUGGAGUAGUUGGGCAUGAAUGAAAUGGCAACAGCUUGAGCACCACGUCAUCAUAAAUAAUGCAGAUAUUUUUCCUGUAAUGGAGCUAUGACAAUAGAAAAGAACAGGUAGAACUAGGGUCGGCUAUGUAGGAGGCACCGAUACAAGUAUUGGGACGAAUUCAACUUUUGCUGGACAGUGCAUCAUCUGAGACAACGGAUAUUCAUCAUCAGUGGACUCUGCAAACAUCACAAAUGCUGAUGGUUCUCUACGUAUAUUUGUAUAGAAUCAACUUUGAUGAAUGAGAUUGCGUAGUGUGUGAUGAGUAACUGAUUGAUGCAUUUAUGUAGUAAACACUCAAGUCAGCAUCUCACUACGUACUUGAUAGCUCAGAUUCCGACAGCCAUGUUUCAUCAGGACUAGUCACCGAGCUGACCAUAUGUUAGCAUUACAGCAAGGCCAAGCGUCGAUUUAUUCAUUAUCCAACCAGGCGGAACGCUUCUUACCGGCACUCAUUACAGUGGAUGUCAUUGAUAUACUCACAGACUGGUCCUAUUAACUGAAAUCAAAGAAUUGUUACCUCCACCAUGGGGAACCCUACUGAGUACAACGCACAUGACUUAAGCAAACUUAAAGAGAGAUGCGAUAUUAUCUUCAAUGCGGAUCCAUCUCAGUACAUGACAGACCCUAGCAUCAUUCGUUUCCUGAAAGCUUUCAAGACUGUAGAUGACUCUUUUGCAGCCAUCUUAAAGUGCAACAAAUGGAGGAAAGAAUAUGGAGUAGAGGCCAUCAACCCAGCAGCGUGUCCAGAGGUUCAAUCCGAAUUAAACACAAAAAAAGUGGAAUUACUUAAACACCGUGAUCGACAUGGAAGACCCAUGAUUAUGCUAAGGGUAAGGAAUCACAAAGUUGCUGAGAGAAAUACUGAAGAUUUGACAAAGUGCAUGGUUUAUAUAUUGGAAACAGCGUGCAAAAAAUGCAAUGAGGACGUGAUAGACAAUGUCUGCGUGUUGUUUGAUAUGCGUAAAUUCAGCCUUGCCAGUAUGGAUUAUGAGUUUGUUAAGACAUUGAUAUGGCUACUAUCUACACGGUAUCCUGAGAGGCUUGGUGUAUGUCUUGUUAUCAAUUCUCCAGUGGUCUUCCAGGGAUGCUGGGCUAUCAUUCGACCAAUGAUGAGUGACUUCACAGCCCAGAAGGUUGUGUUCAUCAACGAUGAGAUGGCAUUAGCCAACUACCUCUGCCCAGAUGCCCUGCCUGAUAAUCUCUUUGAGGAGCUUUAGCCUAGUCAUACUCCUAGCUGACAGACACCAUCCUCCUACAACACUUAUUGGACAAUAUGUAGCCUAUGUUCUCGUAAGAUCAAACUUCUUUCUUCUAAUAGAUUGACAUAAUUGACAGUGUACAUGUUAUACAUAGUAAACCUGGGUGACUAGUGCGACUAGUGUUGAAGUCACGACUAUUGAUUGUUGAGACGAGUCGCGAAUACCGUUUCUCAACUACUCGGUCAAUUGUGCCGCCACGACUAGUAUACAAUAUUGACUGGCAAUGAGGUAACUAGUAUACGUCUAUUUCCCCGAGGGACUUUG